CCCCGGCCCCCCCAGCGCGCUCCGCUUCCCGCUGCCGCCAGCGCCAGCGCCCGCUCCGGCAGGAAGCGGGGCGGCGGCGGCCGGCCGAGCGGGACACGCCUCUCGCCCUCCCCGUCCCGUCCCCCGUCCCCCCCCGCCCCGGGCCCCGCCGCCCACCGCGGGCGCGGCGCAGCGCAGCGCGGCCGCCGCGGCCCCGCCAUGAGCCGGAGGUAGCGGCGGCGCCUUCCGCAGUCGCCGCCGCCGCCGCCCGCCCGCCCGCCUCGGCGGCCGGGCCCCGCGAUGCCGAACCAGAAGGGCGGCAAGGGCAAGAAGAACAAGCGCGCCAACAGCAGCGGCGACGAGCAGGAGAACGGGGCGGCGGCGGGCGGCGGCGGCGCCGCGGCGGCGGGCGGCGGCGCCGCGGCGGGCGGCGGCGGGGCCGGGGCGGCGGCGGCGGGCGGCGGCAGCGGCGCGGGCGGCGGCACAGGAGGCGCGGCGGCCGCGGGCGGCGCGGCGCCCGGCGACGUCAAGAGCGAAGCCCCUUGUGCUACUCCACUGAUCUGUAGCUUUGGAAGGCCAGUCGACCUUGAGAAGGAUGACUACCAGAAAGUUAUAUGCAACAAUGAGCAUUGUCCUUACAGCACCUGGAUGCACCUUCAGUGCUUUUAUGAGUGGGAAAGCAGCAUCCUUGUCCAGUUUAAUUGCAUUGGCAGAGCAAGGAGUUGGAAUGAAAAGCAGUGUCGCCAAAACAUGUGGACAAAGAAGGGAUACGAUCUCGCUUUUCGCUUUUGUUCCUGUCGAUGUGGGCAGGGUCAUUUAAAGAAAGACACUGACUGGUACCAAGUGAAACGAAUGCAGGAUGACAAGAAGAAAAAAUCAGUGUUGGAGAAGAGCACGGGAAGGUCUAUGGCAGAGUCAGCAGAAGAGGCCAAAAAGGGCAGGCCAGCCAAUAAGCCACAGAAAGGCUUAAGUCACGACAUCCAGCGAAGGCAUUCGAUGGACAGACAGAACUCCCAAGAGAAGGGUGUCAUUAGUGGGGGUUAUGCCAUUCGUUCUCCAUGUGUCUCUCCUGGCCAGUCCCCACCAACGGGCUACUCUAUUCUUGCCCCCACUCAUUUCAGUGGCCCUCGUUCUUCACGAUACUUAGGAGAAUUUUUGAAGAAUGCUAUCCACCUGGAACCUCAUAAGAAGAACAUGGCUGGUGGGGGCAUGUUCAGGAAUGCACAUUUUGAUUAUGGGGCAGCUGGUUUGCAAGCACAUCGUUCAGGACACUUUGAUGCCCCCGUGCAGUUUUUGAGAAGGCUUGAUCUAUCUGAGCUUCUUACUCAUAUACCCAGGCAUAAAUUGAAUACUUUCCAUGUGCGGAUGGAAGAUGAUGCCCAAGUGGGUCAAGGCGAGGACCUUCGGAAGUUUAUUCUUGCUGCUCUUAGUGCCAGCCACAGGAACGUUGUAAACUGUGCGCUAUGCCACAGGGCACUGCCAGUGUUUGAACAGUUUCCGCUGGUGGAUGGAACGCUGUUCCUUAGCCCAUCAAGACAUGAUGAAAUUGAAUAUGAUGUUCCCUGUCACCUUCAAGGCAUGUUUAAGAUACCAGGUGUUCGGUUUGUUAUACAACAAGGAAACUCAAAAUUAAGCAGAAGGCUUAUGCAUCUCUAUGCUGUUUGUGUAGACUGCUUAGAAGGGGUUCACAAAAUUAUCUGCAUUAAGUGCAAGUCCCGAUGGGAUGGAAGCUGGCAUCAGCUGGGAACUAUGUAUACCUAUGAUAUUCUGGCAGCAUCUCCCUGUUGUCAGGCUCGACUGAACUGUAAACACUGUGGGAAGCCAAUAAUAGAUGUACGGAUUGGCAUGCAGUAUUUCUCUGAAUACAGCAACGUCCAGCAGUGUCCACACUGUGGAAAUCUAGACUACCACUUUGUGAAGCCAUUCUCUUCGUUUAAAGUUCUGGAGGCUUAUUGACGAAAGCUUUGCUUUAGUAAUAGCUAUUUUAUGGGUAUUUCAACUUUAUUACAUAUCUUUUUAUAGAAUUCAUUCUGUGAUGAAAUUAAUUUCUUUUCUAACUGAAAGAGCAGCUUCUUUGUCUGUGUACAUAUUAAUAUGUAUAUAUACAUGUUGUUAAAACCAGGAUCCUCCUGACAAGAUCUCUGUGAAGGCUGGAGGCAUGCCAAUUUAAUGGCCUUUGAAUAUAUCCCGAGUGUGGGGUAAACUUCAGCUAAAAAUGAUUUGAUUUUAUUUUUUGUAUUGUUGUAAUACAGUUUAUAGCAAAGGCGUGGGGAGACAUACAAGACAGAAGAAUAUGUCCAGUUGGAAAGUGGUUAAUUUUGUAGGGUGGUGGCCCUCUAGCUUGGUGGAAAUGGGAAAUCCUUGGAAAGAAAUCACCCUGUUACUGUUGAAGUCAUUGAGUCUUUGACAUUGGUUCCAAUGGGAGCAGGAAUGGCCCUAAACUGUUAGUCAUCUUAGCAGGCUUUCUUUUAGGUUUCCCAAGAUGGGGUAAACUAAGAUACUGUGAAAAGUGAAUGUAAAUCUAUGCCAGAAAAUGCAAUCUUGAAAUGAAUUUUUUUUGGCAUAUCGUCUUCCUGCCAUGUGUGUUUGAUGUGUGUUACCCUCACUGAUGGAUCAUACGGCAAUAGUACUGCUUCCACCAGUGUUGUGAUUUUAGCAGUCAGGUGAAUUGUUUAUACCAAAACAAGCUGGAGAUCCUAAAAUGCUUUAUUUAAAGGUAUUUCUUCACAGAUAUUUUAGGACUUGUGAUACAUGAAAGGAACAGGCUGAACCGAAUGGGAAUGUGUUCAUGUGUGUCUGCUGAGGCUGAGACUUUGCUGCCUACUGCAGACUGGUGUGACUGGUUUGUAAAGAGGACUGUAAAGUGGGAUCUGGGCCAUCAGAGCUGUAAGACCUGAGAGGUACUUAGUAUGGAACUUGGCAUUGAUUUUUAAAACAAUUAUUGCUGCACCUUUAUCUUUCAAAAUUAUGUAAGUCUGGGAUUUAAAAACUUGGAGACUAUUUAAGGAAGCAAAUUUAGUGUAAUUGCUUUCUACAGGCCUGUGUGCUGUGUGUAAUAGACUGUACACUAGGCAAUGAAUUUAUAUCAUAGGGUUUGGCCCUGUAGACUCUGCCAGCAUUGUUUCUUGGUUCCGAUUUCUUCCUUCCCUAAGCAAAAGUUUUAAAAUAGGUCAUUAAUCUUUUACUUGGCUUCUCAAGCCGAUUGAGGUUUUGGGUUUUUUUUUUUUUUUUUUGCUUUUCUCUAUAAUAUAUUUAUGGAGUGACUGUCCACUCAGGAGGUGCAGUUUUUAUUACUUCUUAAGAGGUGGGAUUGUUUUUUGUUUCUUCUUAAGUUGUGACACACUGUUUUAAAACAAAUUAUGGUUUUCGCAAAUUAGAAUCUUAAAGAAUGUAUCUGUUGAAAUUAUGGUCUUGAAAAUGGCCCUAAUACUCUGCACACCCUGGGAAAGAAUACAAAAAAGUCGCAAGACAAAAAGGUCUUGCAUUUGUAGGACCAAGAAUUAUGCUUUCUGUUAAGUUAAGGAAAUUAAUGUGCACAUAAAACUUGAACUGAAUAUCCAUGUUUCUGUGUGCAUAAAAAACGCCAAGUUCACAGUUUUAUUUCAUGUCUGACUUUACUGCAGAACUAGCUCCUUUUAGCAUUAGCCACUCUUCAAAUAAUACUCACGCUGCACAGAGGGCUCAUAUUGGCACAGAUCAGUUACUGUUAAGUUGAGUGGUAAUGUCCUUACAAGCCAGCCAACACAAGUUAAUGGUUUUCACAUCUGGAUAGGGCUGGACUGUCUAUCUCAUACAGUUACACUGGUGAUGCACUCCUGGUCUGAACACCGAUAUUAGCAGCCUGUGGCUGUGAUAGCCCGCGCUGCUAGCGCUACACCCGUUCUGUCCUCACUGUUUCUGUACUUGUUUUUAUGUCUAGAGCACAUCCUUGGCUUUUUGUGCAAGCUUUUUGGUUCCCUACAGGUCUGCUUGUAACAGUUGUGGGAAAACCUGUUUCCCUUUUAAGGUGACUUAUGCAAAGAACUUACAAUACUGUCCUAGUAGGGCUACUGCAAACCAAGUUGCACCAACCCCGGGGCAGUGGAAGCGGCACUGUAACCCUGGUCCGUAGGAGGGGCAGCUAGCCCACACAUACCUGGACUGGAAGAAGAGGUGGCUAGCAGAGAAAAUCUAGUUAGCUGUGCAGUGUAGACCUUCCUUAUGGAGAACAAUCAAUUAAUAAUUUGCAUUAAUUCUGCAGGGAAGAUGAGCCCUUCGGCUUCUGUGGUACGUUCCAAAAACCUCAUGGAGUUCGAAUGGUUAACAAAGCCUAGAGCUGCAUUGCCUGCCAGUACUGUGGGAGCCAGUUCAGAUACACAAAAGAUAGAUGCCUAAAAGACUAUUCCAGCGGUAUUAAAUCACAUAGCAAAAUGAAACUCCUGUAAUGAGAAAAACAAAAGGAAACAUAUAUAACUGGUAUUUGAACUUCAGUGCUAGUCACUCAUGCCUUGAGUCUAGAGUAUCAACUCCCACAUAUGCUACAUGGAUAACAGAACAGUAGCAUGCUAUACCCAUUUUUUUCCCACAUUUGGCAUGGGCAGUUGUUACCAUGCAAUGUACAUGGUAGGGGAAAAUUGAGAUCUGGAGUUCUCCUGAAUACUUGUUCAUUUGCUUUUUUAACUGUAGCUUAGUUAUAAUUCUGUUCUUUAAGUACUUAGAUGCCUCUCCAUAUGUGUAUAUAUGACAAUCGAGAAUGAGUAGAAGUGGAGAAAAGGAAUUUGGCCAGUUUUUAAAAGCACAAGCAUAUGAAGGAUUUUACAGUAUCUUCAAUUCAAAACCAAGAAGCAGACUAAGAAAGUGGGGGAAAAAGCAUUUUUAAAAUCUUAACAGUAAUGAGAAGUUAUGUACAAAUCUAUCCAAGAAAAAAUUUAGUUCUCAAUCAGCUUUUCCUUUUAAUUCUGCUAUUAGGUGAGUCAUAGCUACUACUUGAAGAAAUGCCUAUUUUCUUGCAAAACACAGCUCUCAACUGGAGGCUAGCAGCAUUUGUAGCACAGUAAAAAUGAUCCAUGAUGGAAACCAGCUGAAUUACAGAAAGAUUCCUUUGAACUUUCCCUCCAAAGUAAAUUGUCCCUAAUUUGUAGAGAACGCUUUCUCUGCUUCUUGCUGAUACAACUGGUCUCGAGUUACUGCAAAAUGCAGUAUUUUUUGUAACAUCCAUAAGAUUCCAGUCAAGUUGUCGGGCCCUUUCUUUGGCCAUAAAAGUUGCAGCUGGGCUCUUCAUAAGUACAAAGGCAGAGUUAACUCCUCUGGGACCUUGUGGCUCCUUAGUAUAAAAGGUUAAACUAGAUUGCAGUUUGUUUGCUGUCCAUCUUAAUGAGCACUGGAAAUAGUCAUGAGCUUUUAAAUGUAUCAAAAGGGAAAUGUUUUGUCUAGAUAGGGAGCUGCUUGCUUUGCUUGUUUGGCUAAAGUUUGCUCUUCAUUACCUUUCAUCGGUCUGAUGCUGUGUGUUCUUUUUAGUCUGGCCUGUGGUCAGAUUAAAUUGUGCCUGAAACAUGUUUUGUAAAACAGAAUACAGUCCUCUGGAUUUGGAGGUUCAUUCUACUCUUCUUAAAUGCACGAUACUCCUGGUGAUAGUAAUAGGAGUUGCAUGUGCAGAUGCUUUUAUUUCCAGUAGUUAAAUAUGUUUUCCAUAGGAGAGGCUUGCAUUUAGGUAGACUUAACAUUUUGGAUGUGUAAAUGAAUUCAUCCAUCAGUAGGACAUUUAAAAGUAAAUUUUGGUAACCAUAACUAACACAACAGACGUCUUUUAAAUGCUGAUACAUAAUUUGACAUCUAUCAAGGUGAGAAGGCUGAAUUUCUUGUUCUAUCUAAUGCUGCAAAGUCGUUUAAAACUACAAUGCUCUGUAGUCCCUUAGACUAUUCUGUAGUCUAUUUGCAUUAAUUUGCUCAGUAGCGAGCACUGUAUUUGUAAACAAGUUUAGUUUGGAAAAUAGGGAAUAUUUCUAUGAGGGAGGCAUCUAACCCAGUUUCUUUAUUUUCUGUACUCUUCAUUUUGUUGUACCAGGUAACCAAGGAAAAACAUGUUGUUGAAGGCCACUGUUAAGAAAACCCCUCGAAAAUAUUCUUAUCCAUAAAGGUUUCUUGUUGAGACAUUUUUGGAUUGCACUUUUGCAGAAGGAAGAAUAUGUACAUAGCAAAUGAAUGUUGAUGAAAUUAAAAUAAUUGGUUAUGAUAUCAUUUGCGUGUGUUGUUAGAGAAUAUUUUGUUGUGACUUCUCUGUAUUAAAAAAGUAAUAAAUACCAGACAGCUAA